CGGUGGCCGCCGGGCCGGGCGCGUGGCGGGAUGGAGGACAGCGUGUACCGGACCCGCUCGCUGGGGGUGGCGGCCGAGGGGCUCCCGGACCAGUACGCCGACGGCGAGGCGGCGCGCGUGUGGCAGCUGUACAUCGGGGACACCAGCAGCCGCACGGCCGAGUACAAGGCCUGGCUGCUCGGGCUGCUGCGCCAGCACGGCUGCCAGAAGGUGCUCGACGUGGCCUGCGGCACUGGGGUGGACUCCAUCAUGCUGGUGGAGGAGGGUUUCAGUGUGACCAGCGUGGACGCUAGUGACAAGAUGCUGAAGUACGCGCUGAAGGAGCGCUGGAACCGCCGGCACGAGCCUGCCUUUGACAAGUGGGUCAUCGAGGAAGCCAACUGGAUGACCCUAGACAAAGAUGUGCCCCAGCCUCCAGGAGGGGGCUUUGAUGCGGUCAUCUGCCUGGGAAACAGUUUUGCCCACUUGCCGGACAGCACAGGGGACCAGAGUGAGCACCGGCUGGCCCUGAAGAACAUCGCGAGCAAGGUGCGGCCCGGGGGCGUGCUGGUCAUCGACCAUCGCAACUACGACCACAUCCUCAGCACAGGCUGCGCGCCCCCUGGCAAGAACAUCUACUAUAAGAGUGACUUGACCAAGGACAUCACGACGUCGGUGCUGACGGUGAAUAACAAGGCCCACAUGGUCACCCUGGAUUACACCGUGCAGGUGCCCGGAGCUGGCCAGGGGGGCGCUGCUGGCUUGAGCAAAUUCCGGCUCUCCUACUACCCACACUGCCUGGCGUCCUUCUCGGAGCUGCUCCGUGGUGCCUUCGGGGGCAAGUGCCAGCACAGUGUCCUCGGCGACUUCAAGCCCUACAAGCCUGACCAGGCCUACGUCCCCUGUUACUUCAUCCACGUGCUGAAGAGAACGGGCUGAGCGGGGCCUCUCAGCUCUUGCAGUUCCGGGAGAUGGGGACCUGCAGCCCCACCACCAAGCUCGGCCCCUGGGGCCCUGCCCUGACGGUGUGGGGUGCAGCUGACAACAGCCAAGGAAUGAGGGUUCGGGCUGAUGCCUCUGAGGGGUGAACAAUACACACAGUGUGCACCUUG